AUGGGAGCAGACUGGGGGCUUCGUGCCGUUCUCGUGAGCGCCACCGCCGGGACGACCGUGUACGGAGCCUGACCGCUCAUCGCCAUCUCCGACAUCUGCAAGAAGUACAACAUCUGGAUGCACGUGGACGGAGCGUGGGGAGGAAGUCUGCUCAUGUCGCGGAGACACAGGUGGAAGCUGGACGGCGUGGAGAGGGCCAACUCCGUCACGUGGAACCCGCACAAAAUGAUGUCGGUCCCGCUGCAGUGCUCCGCCCUGCUGGUCAGAGAAGAGGGUCUGAUGCAGAACUGCAACCAGAUGCACGCCUGCUACCUGUUCCAGCAGGACAAGCACUACGACCUGUCCUACGACACCGGGGACAAGGCACUGGAGUGCGGACGCCACGUGGACAUCUUCAAGCUGUGGCUCAUGUGGAGAGCCAAGGGAACCAUUGGCUUCGAAGCUCAGAUUGACAAGUGCUUGGAGCUGUCCGAGUAUCUCUACAACAAGAUCAAGGACAGAGAAGGAUAUGAGAUGGUCUUUGACGGGAAACCUCAGCACACCAACGUCUGCUUCUGGUACCUCCCCCCCGGGAUCCGCUACAUGGAGGACAAAGAGGAGAGGAAGAAACACUUGCACAAGGUGGCUCCGGUGAUAAAGGCCAGGAUGAUGGAGUACGGGACGACCAUGGUCAGCUACCAGCCGCAAGGGGACAAGGUCAACUUCUUCCGCAUGGUGAUCUCAAAUCCCGCCGCCACCUUCGAGGACAUCGACUUUCUUAUCGAGGAGAUCGAGCGACUUGGCCAAGAUCUAUAA